GUACAUCGUGCUUUCCAAAUACUGAUGAGCUUGUACUGACUAUUUGACAGUGACAACGACGACGACAAUCUAGAACUGACAAUUCACAGAACAGACGCGGGCGAUGUCGAGCCUCGACCCGCGCUCGCCAGGUUAUUAUGGCACAACGACGUAUUCGUCUAUCUCGAAUGACUCUGAUUCGGACACCCCCCGUGCAUCUACAGAUUCAUCCGCCUCUCCAGGCCUCCUCCGACGCGUUGCAUUCAGUCCCCCUCCCCGAUCUGAAACCAGCUUCGAAGCUCACGCUCACGACGAUAGUUUCGGAGAACAUGCUGAAGUCGAAGCAGCUCUCACCGAUUUUGACCUUGACGCUGAGAUUAAUGCUACCCAGGACACCGUCUCCCAAUGGUCCUCUUCCCGCCCGUCCUACACGUCCUUGAGUACGUCUACUCCGUACAGUGGUACAGGAUCCUAUACUGGUACUUCUGCUUCAUAUUCGGCGGACACCGCAACGGCAACAGGAACUCAUUUCACACGCGACCCUCGAGUCCUGAGCACCAUCUCAGAACGCACCGAGCACCCCAGCCGACCAACUUCCUUUGCCCAGAACCGUCUUUCUGCACACCGCCUAAGCACAAUAUCCAACCCGCAUGCCCGAUCAGCUGUUGAAUCCCCUGUAAAUGCCAACAGACUUAGCACGCACUCCCAGGGACACACACGCGGUGCCACAGAUCUUCCCACAACUAGCCGUCGCACGGGCGACCUUAUUGCAUUUUUCGAGGACCGCGCAGGUACCCCCAGUAAAGAAAAGGAGAGAAACACCAGCCCAUUUUUACCUACAACCCAGAGUACGCCUCAUUUAGGGAGUACCACGGGGUAUACCUCAACUGGAUACGGUUAUACCACGGGAUUCACUUCGACUGGGUACGGAUAUACCACAGGGACGGGGACAGGUGGCUAUACCACCACGGGCUACACCACAUCCCGCCCCUCCUCUGUCACUAAAAGCAGGUCCGACGAUUCGCGUUCCACAGUCUCGACUUCUUCAGGUGGAGGUGGGACUGACCUGAGCUUGUCGAGUUUGUUAAGUCCACCAGUACGCGGAUUAGGCACCCCAACCGGGACGUAUGGUGGCAGUGGGACAGCGACAGCGACAGGGACGACACAGCUAAGCCCAAGCGAUUUUGCGAGUACGUUUUCGAGUGCAUUUGGGGUUGCUAGGGGCAGACAAGAUGAUACCACACCCACGCGCCAGACCCAGACCGCCCUCCGUCGCAGCACGGUUCCCCUGAACGAGGCCAACACGAGCCCCAGGAGCCCGUUAACGAGCGUACGGAACAUCGUAGCUGCGUGGAAGGAACGCACACCAGGGCUAGGGAAAGUGAAGAGUGAGAGCAGUGAAGGCGGGAGCGAGCUGUCUCCACCUGGGGCAUCAAAGAUGGAGGGCUUGUUCUCUCUUCGUAGACGCGCAUCGCGGCAGGGGGCGCGGGGACAGCCGCCAGUGACGCCUGAUAAGAACGGUGGGAAGGGCCAUGUAGGAGGCACCAACAGAAACAGGGAAAACGAAGGAAUCACUAGCAGUGGAAACAAUGUCAUAAGGAGGAGAGUGAGCUCUACGAGCAGCCUCAUACCCCCGCCUUUUGAUAUGACAGAUCUAGGGGCAAGAGAGAACCGCGAGCCCAUCCGCAUCGGUACCCUCUGGUAUCUCAAUGUGCAUUCCCCAACGCCUUACCGCUGGAAAAAAUGCUCCGCACUACUCUACCCACACGUGCUUAUCCUUUCUUGGAGUUCCUCGGGGGGCGGUCGGGGCGUAGUGAGCUUAGAUCUGAUCAAUUGUACAGAAGUGAGGAGUACCCCUGGCUUUACACACCCUGGAGCGAGGGGCGAUGUCGGGGGAGUGAGUGCAGCAGCGCAGAUGACUGAGGAUGGCGUGAGUCUUGUGGAAGUAUUGUGUCCGUUCCAGCUGUUGUAUAGUGAUGGCGUUGAGCGACUUGCGGCGGAGAGUGCGAGGGAGAGGGUGAGGUGGGUGAGUGCAAUUUGGGAGGCACUUGACCGCUCCUUAUCGCUCCCCAAUCGCUCCCAAUCCGGUUCGCCCACAGGCAGCAUAGGCACCAUCCACUCCGUGGCCUCUACCACAUCCACGUCUGCCGGGAGCAGGAGUACUGUGUUCGUACCUCCACUGCAUACGAUCCCGAGUCUGUCGGAUUUGGGGAGUGAUUCUGGGGGGUUAAGUCUAAGUACCAGUAGGGUGCCCAGUGUGGGUGGCCAUGGGCGCACUGCGGAUGAUUCGUCGUACCUUUAUCCCUCUGACCCGCGCAUCAUCGCUCCAUCCCGAUCUUCAUCCUUGCGCCGCACCUCAUCUCUCACAGACCUGGACGAGGAGUUUGCUAGUGCUGUGUCGCGUGCUCGUUCUGCAAAGCCUGGUCUAGGCUUUGGUCUGAGCUUGGUCAAUGAACGCAUGAGUUCAGAGAGUGGUGGAAUACUGGGUGUGGUUGAGGGAAGCCCUGUGACUGUGAGCAGUGGCCCCAGAUUGGGGGGCGAUGUUCGCGUUACCCCGCCUCCUACUGGAAAGAUAAGGAACCGAGCUCUCAGUGUCAGUGAGGAGGAAUUCUUCAGCGCCGGUUCACGCACGUCCAGCGUACCAGGCUCUCGUCCCGAAUCGGACUUUUUCUCAGCAGACAGCUCCAGGACAAGCAGGAGUGGCGAUGGCCGGACAACGACAGGCUUAGUGACAGACGGGACUGCGUUUGAGUUCACGAGUGGCGAGUCAAACACGCAGAUCGUGCCUAGCACGCUGAGCUACAGACGCACGGAGAGUAAUUCUUACUUGGGGGACUCGCAUGACGGCAGUGGGAGCUAUACGCCAUAUACAUCUAGCGAUGGGCGUUCGCGAACACCGUUCUCGUCGAGCGACAGCCGGUCAAGAACGCCGUACACCUACUCAUCCAGCGGAUACACGAGCAGCACGCCCUACACGUACACGAGUGGCAGUUACGCCCCCGCCUCUACUUCACCGUCCUUAUCUCGUACCCCUGAGGUUCGGAGACGGCGGUACGGUGCAUACUCUACGAGCGAGGAGCCAUCUGAUAGGGAGUAUUCUGCAACGACGAGAUCGACACUGAGCGGAUGGACGAGGAGCAGGACACCCACAACGACAACGGAGGGAUUUUUAGCUGUGGAGGAGAGGGAGAGCAGUGGAAGUGAGGGAUACACCACAGCCCAUGCGUCGCCCAGCCCGAGCACUGCGUCAUUUAAGAGCCUUCCAACGAUCCCAAGCGAGUCGGACUACCAGACGUUGGACACGUGCAAGACUUGCGUGAGCUCGGAGUUCGUAACUGCGGAGCGGUGCGCAAGUGAUGUGGAGACAGACUAUGUGACAGCGGAGAAGUGCAAGACCGAGACCGAAACGGAUUUCUGGACAGCGGAAGUGUGCAAGAGUGACAAGGAUGAGACACAGUAUGAGACGGCGAGCGUGUGUCUUACGAUCCCGAGCGAAGAGGGGUUGAGCACGCCGAGGUCAGGAUUGAUUCUGGAGCUUCCUGCUGAGGAACCCAUGGACGAACCUAUUGACGAGCCCACUGAAGCCCCCAUUGGAGCCCCCAUUAACGUGGCCAUUGACGUGUCCGUCGACGAACCCAUCGGCGUACUUAUCGACAUGCCCAUCGACGAGCCCAUUGGCGUACUCGUUGAAGCGUCCACCGACGAGCCCAUUAACGUGCCCAUUGAAGCGCCCACUAACGUACCCAUUGACUUACCUAUUGACGUGCCCAUUGAAACGCCCAUUGACGUGCCCAUUGGCGUGCCCGUUGGCGUGCCCGUUGAUGUGCCCAUUGGCGUGCCCGUUGAUGUGCCCAUUUACGUGCCCAUAGAAGCGGCCAUUGACGAGCCUAUCGACUUGCACGAGGAAGAGGAAGUGGAUGAGGAAGUGGAUCUACCCCCCCGCCAAAGACACCGAGCGAAGUCCCCAGUAUCAUCUCUGAGGAACCAGCGCUGGAGGUGUCGGUCACGCCUGAGGCUGUCACUGCACAGGAAGAGAUCGCAGAGGACAGCCUGCUGGGGAGCGCCCCGCCUACCACCCAGGCGCCCGAGACACCGACUCCCAUCGUCAGUUUCCACACCGACUCGUCAUUCUCCUAUACCGAGAGUGAUCUUAGUCCUGCACAGCCAGAGCUUGACACGUCUGUCUCGAGUUUGACAGAGUCGAGCGACCCCUUCGUUAUCGCGUCACCUCGGACCGUACAGACACCAGU